UAUUUAGAACAAAGCACAGAAAAACAGCAAGUAUUUGGAAGUGCAGAUAAUGGUGAAGGAGAGGCAGGUCAAGGGCAGGAGGCCAAGGCCACAGAGGGUGAAGGUCAAGAAACAAAUGAUGCUCCACAAGAGGAUGAAGUGAAAGACAACACCGAAACAGAGGCAAAAACUGAUGAGGAGACAAAACUGGCAGAGGGGCAAGAAGAAACACCUUCAACUGACACAGACCAAGCACCACCAGCUGAAGCAGAGGGAGAACAGGCAGCAGAAGGCACAACCACAGACCAAACAGAGGCAACAGGACCAACUGACCAACCACAGCCCACAGAACAGACUGACCAAUCACAAGCAGAUGAAGCAACACCAAAUGAACAAUCAGAAGAAGCUUCAAAUGAGCCUGCCCCAGCAACAGAUAAUGAGCAGGUGGCCACUGAACAGGGCGAAAAAGGUGAUGAACAAGAUGCUAAACCAGACAAAACAGAUGCCAAACCAGAUGAAAACACAGAUGCUCCUACAGAGGGUGCCCAGUCAGAGCAGAAAGAGGCUGGCCAAUCUGAUGAAAAUGCCACCGAUCAACCAGAGGUGACAGAAGAACCAACAGCAGAGGGAACAUCAGAAAAGGCAGAGGAGGCCAACACAGAAGCUGCUGAACAGUCAGAAACUGCAAAAGAGACUGGUGAAACAGCUGAAGACUCUCAGGAGACAGAUGCAGCACCAACUGAGGCUGCAGAGCAGGGAGAGGCUGUGGAGACCUCUGGUGAAGCACAAGAGGAAGGUCAGGAACAGGAAGCUGCAGAGGAUGCUGGGAAGUCUGAGGAGCAGACGGCAGAGGAGCAAUCAAAAGAGGGAGGGGAAACAACAGAAGGAGAAGGAACCAAGCCAAAAACUCCCAAGAAGCCAAAGACCCCCAAAGGUGUAUUGCCGCCACCGCUGCCAUCUCUGGAUGAUGGGGACGUGGAGGUGGCUAAGAUGCCAGAGUUCAAGAAGCCAGCUGAUGGCAACGACCCCAACACUAGAGGGGACGAGGAAGAAGUCCAGAGUGUAAGCUCCAAGAUUGACGAGGAAGACCAGAGGAUCCCCGAUGACUUCUUUUACAAUUAUGAAGAGUUUAUGUCCAAAGCCAGAGUUUCUGCUGACUCAGGCUUACCCCAAGACAUCCUCACUCUCAAGCACUCAUUUGGUUUUGAUGCCCAGAAGAGGGACAAUCUUCACAUCAUCGACCCUAACACCAUCAUGUUCAUAGCUGGUAAUGUGGUAGAGAUCGUGGACCUGAAGACCAAGGCACAGACGUACCUCAGGAGUACCAGUGGGGGCGGUAUUGGAGCCAUAGCUGUCCACCCAAGCAGGAAAUAUUUUGCCGUGUGUGAGAAGGGCGAAGCCCCCAAUAUCCUGAUCUACACCUGGCCUGACCUGAGACUGUACAGAGUGCUGAGAGGAGGCACACAGCAACUGUACAGCUAUGCUGACUUCAGCCCUGAUGGUAAGAUCCUGGCCUCAGUGGGAGGAGAGCCUGACUUCAUGCUGACACUGUGGAACUGGAAGCAGGAGAAGACACUGCUCAGAUCCAAGGCUUUCUCCCAGGACAUCUUCAGGGUCAGCUUCUCCAAUGACCUGGAGGGACAACUGACCUCAGCUGGUACUGGACACAUCAGGUUUUGGAAGAUGGCCAGCACAUUUACAGGUUUAAAGCUGCAGGGUCAGCUGGGGAAGUUUGGAAAGACAGAGCUGACGGACAUUGAGGGCUAUGUGGAGCUGCCAGAUGGGAAAGUACUAUCUGGGGCUGAGUGGGGAAACAUGCUGCUUUGGGACGGAGGGCUGAUUAAGGUUGAGAUUUGUCGUAAAGACAAGAAGCCAUGUCACCAGGGCCCCAUCCAGCAGAUCAUCAUGGACGAGGGGGAGCUGAUGACUGUGGGCACAGAUGGCUGUAUUAGGGUGUGGGACUUUGAAUCCAUAGACACAGCAGACAGCACAGAUGAGGAGGGUCGCUUUGAGAUGGAGCCCAUGAAUGAGCUGAAGAUUGGCCAUGGCCAUGAAGUCAGCCUGAGAUGUAUCAAGAAGUCCGUAGAUCCUGAUGAACCCACCAUUUGGUAUGCCCAGGACUACAAUGGUGGUAUCUGGAAGUUGGACCUGUCGUUCUCUCACACCUCCCAGCCCCCAGAGAAGCUGCUGUCCUACCACUCCGGCCCCAUCACUGGCUGCUCCACGUCUCCAGUCAGCCACCUGGUGGCCACCAUAGGACAGGACAAAUCUCUGCGUAUAUAUGACUAUGUGUCCAAUCAGAGUGUGUGUGAAGUGAGAUAUAACAUGGGAGGAUCCAGGCUCAUAUGGGCUCCUAGAACUAUUGACCCAAAAGGUGCCACUCUGAUAGCUGGCUAUGAUGACGGUGUGGUCAGAGUCCUACAGCUGGCCCAAGUGGACGAGAAUGACCCGGCACGCAGAGUUAAGGGGGACACAGAGCUGCUGCUGGUGGACGUCCUCAAGCCACACAAGGCCAAGGUCACUGCCCUGGCCCUGGACAAUAAGGGGGAGAUUUUGGCAACUGGGGGCAACGACUCCUCCGUGUUUUUCAUCCAUGUGAAGGACAGAGAGACCUUUGAACCUAUUGGUUAUGUGGAGAUGCCAGGAGAUGUGACACAUCUGGAGUGGGCUCCAGGGAGCUUUAAGCGCAACACAAUCUUGGUAACGUGUGCCAAUGGGGAGGUGUGUGAGGUGGAGGCACCAGAGCCGGGCGCCUUCGACACCUCCCACAGCUAUCUGAUCAAAGGACUGAAGACUAGGACGCACACCUUUAAGAGUGUCAAGUCAAGACUGAGGCAUGAAGAAGAGUUGGAAAGAAAGCGGAUUGAAGAAGAAGAAGCAAGGAAAAAGAAAGAGGAAGAGAAGAGACGUCGAAGAGAAAGGGGUUUGGAGGAUGAGGAGGAAGAGGAGGAGGAAGAAGAGGAAGAGAAGAGACAAGAGGAGGAGUGGCACCCAUACAUUCCCUCAGAGCCCAACCCCAUCCUGUAUGCCUUCUAUUCUGGAGAGGACACCUUCUGGCUCUCCAUGGAUGACUUUGAUGCUGGCUAUCUGUAUGAGUGUAAGUUCCUGUCUGAUGAGGAAAAGGCCACUGUGCCAGCAGACCAGCUUUAUGAACCAAUCAGGACCAUCGCUGUGUUGGAAUCCAAUGAUGUCCCCAUAGACACCAUGUUCUUCCAUAACGAGAAACAAGUGGUCAUGGGAAUGAUGGACGGCAGUGUGCGUAUACAGCCACUGGAGGAGAAGGACAUCGCUAACGCCACAGACUCAUGGCAACUCAGCAUGCACGACGGAAACUAUGGACGCGUGUCUCACAUUGCAGCCAGCCACGAUGGCAAGCACCUGUUUACUGUGGGAACAGAUGGAAACUUCUUUGUGUACAACUACAUGGGACAACAGGAGCUGGAAGACCAAGUGAAGGCCAAUAAGGCCAAGAUCCCCUCAGCCAGGAAACAAGAACUGGAGAAGAGAGUAGAUGACAUAGCAGAUGUGAAUGCAUACAGUAUUGAGGAUGCCAAGCAGAAGGCUGAGCAUGACAAGAUGUUGCGCUUGGCAGAGGAGAAGAAACAGGGUGUGAGGAGAACCAUAGGACAGCUGAGGAGAGAAUUUAAGAAGCUUUUGGUCAAGAAUGACGAGUUACCAGAACACUUGAGGCUUAUGAGAAAGGAGUUUGAAAUGGACCCUGAGAUUAAGAGAGAAUUAGAAAGACAGAAGGAAGAAAAGAUAGCACUGGUGAAGAAGGAGCUGGCAUGGGAGUCAGAGAAACACCAGAUUGCUUUGGAUAAAUUAAAGCAGAGAUUCAAGUUGAUGGUGGAGUGUGAGAGGAUCGUGGUCAAGGCAUUCCUCACGGAGCACGAGGUGACCAGUUUCAGGGCGUCCAAGCUGCCAGAUGACUUCUACACCCUGAAGGCAGAGAUGGAGAAGAGGAAGACCAGCAUGUACAGCAAGGAUGAGAGCAGAGAAGCUACCAGGGACAGGGUCACAGGCCAGGCCAGGAAAUCAGAGAGUGGGGGAGGAGCUGAGGGCGAGUCAGAAGAGGGUGCUGUCAAGACAGCCCUGAAGGGAAGUCUGGGAGAGAGAAUUAACAAAGCUCUUCAGAAAGUGGAGGAGAAGAAAAAGAAGAGAGCCCAAAGAAAGGCACAGUGGGAUGAGCUGUACAACACAAAACCAGACGAGGAUUAUGAAGAUCCUGCAGAUGUGUCAGCCAUUAAGGAAGCUCAGGAGAACAUGGGAGACUUCAAGCUGAAGACGGCAGAUGACUAUGUGGUCCCAGACCACCUCAGGAUGAAUGUGGAGAAAGCAAGAGUUAGACUACUCAUGCUCAAAGAUUUGAUCCAUCAACACAAGUACAAGUUCAACCAGAAAUUGCUGGGCCUGAGGAACACCAAGAUAGAGCUGAUAGACAGUAUCAAGGAGCAGGUCACUGAGCUGGACAACCUCCAGAAGAAGCUGUCCCCAGAGCUGAGGAAGCCUGUCCCCAAGAUCCCCCACAUGAGCAGAGAGGAGAUGCCAGAGAGGAAGUAUGAGUACACCCGUGAGACUCUAUUGAAGUUCAAGGCAGAGCGGGAGGCUGAGGCCCUGGCUGCUAAGACUGGCAAGGACCAGGGGGAUGGGUUUGGAGGUUUUGGUGGUGGUGGCGGUGGGUCUGACAAGGACUCCAGGCAAUCCUCGGCCACCACCCAUCGCGGCAAGUCAGCCAAGGCUGCACGAUCCUCAGACCAGGACCUGUACACUAAACUGGUGGAGGCUGAGUCCAUCAAGUCUCCACUGGAGCUGCAGAUCAUGAAGGCUGAGGAAAUCAAACUCCUGUACAGAAGAGACCAGCUGCUGAACAAGAUCGAGGAGGCACUGAAGACAUUUGAUGCUGAGCUGAGGAUGCUGAGACAUGAGAAAUUCAGGCUGGGAUAUGACCUCAAGUGUGCUGACCUCAGGCAAGUGACACUGUUUGAGGAGCUGGCACUGCUGAGAGAGUUUGAGAAGAGAGAGAAUGUCCUGGCUGACAAGGUGGAGGCCAAACAGCAGGAGAAGAUGGACUUUCAGGCAAAGAUCAUCGACAUCCAGCAGAAGUUGGACCUGAAGAAGAAAGACAUCGAGAAGCUGCAGGAGAAAGAGAAGGCGCUGUACGCCAUGUUCCAGGCCUCACUGGGAGACAACAACAAGUUUGCCGACUACCUGACCAAAGUGUUUAAAAAGAAGAUCAAGAGGUCCAAGAAAAAGGAGGGAGAGGGGGAUGGCUCUGAUGAAGACAGUGAUGAGGACAGUGAUGAGGAUGAGGAUGAGGACUGGUCUGAUGAGGAUGAGGACUCUGAGAUGGGAGGAUUUGACCUGGAUGUCUGUCCUCCUGGAUGUGACCAGAACCUGUACGACAACACAUGCCAGCUGCGUGAGAAGCGUCUGGACAUUGAGGAGGCGCUGACAGAGGAGAAGAAGACCAAUGACACCAUGAGGAAGGAGGUGGAGACGCUGCAGAAGAAGGCGAAAGUCAUUGAUGGUGCGCUGAAGAAUGCAGAGGCUGAUCUGGAGGCCUUCCAGCUUGAAAAGCAGCAAAAGAUCAAUGAGCUGGAUGUGGUGGUGGUGUUGAAGCUGCACCAGAUCCAGUACAUGGUGAACAGCGUGCUGCCCCAGGACCUCAGCCAGUGCCUGAUCUUUGAGUCUGGAGGCAUUGUACAGCUACAGCACAGGAUCAAGGAACUGGAGCAUGAGAAAACACUGCAGAAAAAACAGAUGAAGGAAGCCAGGAAGAAGCAUGUCCAACUUAUCAAAGAUCGGAAGGUGUUUGAGGCAAAGAUAGGAGAGAUGGAGGAACAAUGCAACCAGAUGAUGGUGGCCAAGUUUGGACGAAUUGUUGAUUUGGAGAAACUGGAGACGGUCACAGUAAACAGAAAUAUUGAAGAGUUGAAGGAAAAAUUGCGGAUUACAGAGAUAGAGUGCACCAAAGAAAUCUCCUCCUGGCAGGACAAGAUUGGUCACUACAAGGACCGCAUCACGGAACUAACCAGAGAAAACACAGACAAGCUUGACCAGCUGAACAUGUUGAUGGGAGAGAAGAAAGAGUUUGAAGGAGCACUGGACUCCAGACAGAAAAAUUUGGGUGGUGAGUUCAGUGGAAAUAGAAAAGCUGAUCUUCAUGAACGACAGCGGCUGAUACAAUUGGUCCAACUUCAGGCUCAAGAGAUAGAGGCACUGAAAGAGGAAAUUACGCUGCUCUCUAGGAAAGGAGGUCACAUUCUGCCACCUGCUCAGCCGCCUUUACAACAAGGCGCGGGCGGCCUCUAAUACAAAAAAAACAUCAACUUGCUUGCAACUGGAGCAAUAUGAAGACUCAAUUCCCUUUCAACAGACAUUUAAUUUUUUUUUUUUCUAAUUUGAUUUACUUGAGCUUACUGUGAUAGCUGAUGAGAUGACAUUAUAUUUUUUUAGAUGCAAAUUCUCUUUUUUCUCUUUUUUGUAACAUCCAGAUAACUCAUCCGUCCAAAUGGGCCUCAGAGCAUACGAAAUGUGAAAAUCCGUCCUAA